CGACUCGGACGAGAGCAGCAGCCAGCCAGCGGUGCCUGCCGUCGACGCGGCUGCCGGCGACGCUGCCGCCGGCGACGCUGCCGCCGGCGCGGAGGGCGGCGCGGAGGGCGGCGCGCCGUUGACGCUUUCGCAGAAGAAGAAGGAGCUGUGGGACGCCAAGGAGGCGCGGCUGCGGGCGACGUCGGAGCGCGCGGGCAUGCCCGGUUGGUGCCUCGCCUCGCUCAUCAUCAAGUCGAACGACGACUUGCGUCAGGAGGUCUUCAUCAUGCAGCUGAUCCGGCUCUUCGUCAAGAUCUUCCCGCCCGAGCUCACGUGGCUGCGGCCGUACCACAUCCAGGCCACCGGCCCCGACACGGGCCUGAUCGAGACGAUCACCUCGGCGGAGGACCUCGACCGGCUCAAGAAGACGGCGGGGUACACCUCGCUGCGCGCCCUCUUCGUGCAGCGGUACGGGCCGCCCGACAGCGACGGCUUCCUCGCGGCGCAGUCGCGCUUCAUCAAGUCGCUGGCGGGAUACUCGGUCGUCAUGUGGCUGCUGCUGCUGCGCGACCGGCACAACGGCAACUUGAUGAUCGACUCGCUCGGCCACUUCUUCCACAUCGACUUUGGCUUCUGCCUCGGCCACUCGACGGGCAAGCAGAUCGGCGGCGUCAUCGAGUCAGCUCCGUGGAAGCUCACCGCCGAGUACGUCGCGCUGAUGGGCGGCGUCGGCUCGGCGGGGUACGAGGCGUACGCCCAGGGCUGCGUGGAGGCGAUGGUGGCGGCGCACCGGCACGCGGACGUGAUCCUCACGAUGGUUGAGAUCGCGGGCACCGGCUCGAGGUACCCUUGCUUCCAGCAGACGCCGCUGCGCAAGGUGCUCGCGCGGCUGCGCAAGCGGCUCUACGUCGGCCACACCGAGGCGCAGGUGCGCGACGAGUUCAAGCGCGUCAUCGAGACGGCGCGCGAGCACAAGGGCACCUACUACUACGACUACUUCCAAAAGCUCCAGCAGGGUUACGCCGUCUGA